AUGUCCGACACUGAAGUUAAAGAAGACUCAAAGUUCAUUGAUUCAGACUUUGAAUAUCAAGGUUGCAUUAAAUUUGAUUUCUCUACUCUAGAGAAAUGUCUCCAACAUUUAUUCCAUGAAACAAAAAGAAAUUCUUUUCAACUGUCCCAUCUACAAGAACAAUACAGUGAUUUAGAAGCAAAAUAUAACAAUACCUCAAAUAAGGAAGAACAAAUUGAUGAUGAAAUAGUGCAGUUAUAUAAAUAAAAUCAGUGUGUUGGACAAAACUGUUAAGAAAAUUUCUAAAUCAACUGAAGACAAAGUAUUCACCAAUGAGAAGAGAGUCACUUUGUGUGAAGAUAAUAUGUCUGCACUAGACACAAGGAUCCAAUUUUUGAUAGACUCAUUUAAGAAAUCAGGUAUUGGUACUAAACAAGGAAUAACUAGCAUUGACCUUGAUGCUUUUGAGAAAAUAUGCCAACACAUUAGGAAGGAGAUGAAGGAAUAUUAUGUUAGAAAAACUGACCAAUCUCAAAUGAAUAAAGAACUAGAAGACUCUAUGGAGCAUCUUAAGUCUAAUAUCUCGAUAAUGGAGGACUUUCAAAAUAACUCAAUGGUUAAGCUGAGAGAAAUAGAUUUUAACGAUAAAAUGAUCUCUAUGAAAAAGGAACUUGAAUCCAAAAUUCAUCGGAUGGCAAAGAAUAUCCCUAAACAGGGUGUCAACGUUGGAGAACUUCGCAUGUCAAAUGCUGACCAUGAGAAAAUUAUUGAUUUUGAAACAAAAAUCAGAAGUUUUGAAGACAAAAUGACCCACUUCCAAAUUGAAAUUAAAACCAUUGAAAAACUUAUGCGCGAAGACAUCACCAGUAUUGAGAAAUAUAAGCUAGAUGUAUUCAAAGGGGAGCAAUUUAAGACCCAGCUUGAUGACUUGAAGAAUAUAUUGAAAUCUCAGGACAUGAAAGCUCAGAAAAAAUUUAAUGAAAUCUCAGAUAAUAUUGUUGACAACCUCAUUAAGAGAAUAAACUUGCAAGAGAACAAGGGAUUUGAUCACUUCAAAAAGAUAAAGGAGCUGAUCUCACGGUUUAACCUCUUUGAGAACAAAAUGGAAGGCAUCCUCAAGGCUCCUACAGAUGGUGUCCCUAUCAAAAAAGCUGAAAUCGAUCAAGAAAGACUUAGAUAUUUAGAAAAGAAGUGCCAGGCACUAGUAGUUGACUUUGAGAAACUCGAUGCCAAGACUCAGAAUAGAAUCAAUGAAGUCAUAGCCAGUGUCAAUAGGAAGGUCACUCCAAGGGAUCUUGAGAAUAAGGAAUUUGAGAUUCUUGACAAAUUUGAUGAUUUCAAAGAGGAAUUCCAAAAGAAAUUUGACACUAAAACAAAGAAGCAAACUAAUCAUCUUGAAAGACAUAUCGGGGCAAUUUACAGCUGCAUUAUGAAGCUAGAUAAAAUAAAGAAGAAUAUCGAGAAUGAAGAAGGAACUGUAUUUUCGAAAAUUAAGAUACCUAAUACCUCAUGUGCCUCCUGAGGGGUUGAAUCUGCUAAUACCUAUGCAGGAGCAGGUAUUAACUUACCAUGGAGCAAGCUUUUCCCUAAAUUUAAGAAGAAAGGUAUUAAAGAAGAGGAAGAAUCACCCAAGAAGGAAAAAGAAAUUGACCUCAAACUAAAGAAAAUAGAAGAAUCUAUAGAACAAACAAUACAGAAACUCAAUAUUGUGGAUAUCAAAACUGAGAUGAAAAACAAACCCCAAACUGCUGGGUUCAUGACCACCAGGAAUCGAAAGGAGAUGAUCAUGUCUUCAGAUAAACUUAUCAAACAUGAAAUGCAAUUCUCCCCAGAACCAGAGGAGAAAUUCUUUGAGAAGAGGAUCUCCACCGGGAACAAAGCAACCAGAUACUCAAUAUCAAGGUCAACUAGAAGGAAGAAAUAAUAGAACCAUUAAAGGAGAAUUAUGAAAAAUUUCUUUCAUA